UUUACUAAAAUUAGACUUGUUGUUGAACUUCUUUGUGAGUGACCUUACGUUUAAUUUGUACGUCGGAAGUCUUAAUAUACACAUUUGUAGAAGUCCCCAAGGGACUACGAAUGUAGGUAUUUAAUUGCUGGUGAAUAGCUCGACAAUUCCAACUCUAUCUGAGUUGGUUGAAGAUAAAACCCGGCAGCAUUAAUGAAGACCAGUUUGACUGGAGUUCGGCUUAGACCGUAAAACACUUACAGCGGCUUUGCUCCUGCACAUUCUUGCGCAAAUGCAUAGACAACACCCUCAUUUAACGUCUAGUGAUUGUACUUUGGAAAUUAUUAAGGAUUAUGAAAAGGUCAGACUCGCUGUUAAAUUGAGGUAAUUUCUUUCAGAUGGUUGAAGAUUUUCUUGGCUACACCAUCCACCUGAACCCCAGACCCCGGCCUCGUGAAACUAUUAUUGUGCGAACUAAUAGGGCAAUCAUUCCCAUUCAAUGUCGUUACUUUAGGAAAGCUAACGUGAGCAGUAACCCAAUCCACCCCACGUGGAUCCCGUUCAGCUCCUCCAGGUCUGGGGAAGGACAACUAUCUUUCUCCCUGCGGCUAAUGAAUGAUGACUGGCUUACAGAGCGCGCCUCCUCCACCUACUACCUGGGCGAGCUCAUUCACAUCGAAGCCUCUGUUUCCAUGAUUAACCACGUGCCCCUGAAGCUCUACAUUGACCGCUGUGUAGCCACACCGAGCCGGGACAGGGACUCCACCCCGAGAUACAACAUCAUUGAUCACCACGGAUGUCUCCUGGACAGUGUGGCAGAGGGCUCCUUUUCCACCUUCGUGUUGGCCGGGGCAGACCGUGAGGUGGACAAACUCCGCUUUGGUUUAGAUGCUUUCCGCUUCUCUGGAGAUGAGCGUUCCCUGAUUUUCAUCAAUUGUCGCUUGAAAGUUGCUGCAGUUAAUCGGAGCGAAUCAAUAACUAAAGCUUGCACUUUCCAGAGGACGCAGAACAUGUGGGCUCCAUUGGAAGAAACGAGCUUCGAUGUCUGUGCCUGUUGUCGCCUGGGUGACUGUGCAGCCAUAGGGGAGGGUGUCGUUUCUCCCAGAGGACGGAGGGAGGCUGAUUACAAUCUACAAAAGCCCAGAUCUCUUGAGGGUGAGAUCCAUGAAAGUCAGGACCAGCACAAGAUUCAGGCAGAGGCUGAGCCUUCCAGCGAUGUGGUGCUCGGAGUCAGGAAGAUGGACCAGCAGCCAGAUGUAAAGUAA